AUGGAACACGGAUGGACGCAAGUCCGUCGGAGGAGAUUUCCGGCAAAAAGGUGCAACAAGGGUAAUGAAACAAGCUUCUUCGUCACAAACAUACCAAAAGGCGUCACAAAGGUGGAGUUCAGGAGGAUUUUCUCGCAGUUUGGCAAGAUGACGGACAUCUACUUCGGUGAAAGAAAUGGCAAAAAUGGGAAGAACUACGACUUCAUUCGAUUCACAGAUGUCACUGAUGCCAAGGACAUGGAAACAAGGAUGAACGGCAAAAUAUGCAGGAACAAUGUUUUGGAAAUUAAUAUUGCAAGACAUGGCAGGAAAGCACCCAUCACCAAGCCAAUCAUAGGAAAUAACAUACGAAAAGGUCCGGUACACCGUAACAACGGCAAAGGUGGAAGUGGGUUCAUCGACAGCAGAUCAUACGCAGAUGUCACUAGAAGAAAGAAUCUGAAUGAGGAGAACCAAGGCGGAAGCAACGCCCAAGCUCCCGCCAUCUCUCUAAUACCUGAUACGAUGAUGGAAAGAUGGAUUCACAAAUUUACACUAAUUGGCGAAGCCUUAUCGCUUGAUCAUCUUGGACCUUUACCGGCAUUGAUGUCCAUCCAUAGCGACAAAGUGGCAGAAGUUAAAUAUCCUGGGGGCAUGAUGGCUCUACUCAGCUUCAGUAGCACAGUGGCAGCGAAGGAAUUCCUGGAAAAUAAGAAUUUUUCAGAAAUCACCAGAAGCUUUGGUAGGAUCUUAGCACCAUUUAAUGAAAUCAAAGAUAGAGUAGACACGUCAUGCGUGAAAAUUGGAAUCCUCACCAGGUGGAAAAAGAAACUAAAUGAAGAGGUUAAGGUCUUACUCAACGGCAUUAUGGACACUGUCGGGAUUGUCGAAUAUGAAGAUGGUCCAUGGUUCCCAUUCAUGUUCGAUAAGGAAAAACAACCAUAUGUAAAUGAAGAUUACUCAUCUGAUAACGAACAGACCGAAGAUGAGACGGAAGAGGAAGGAAGUGAUGAAGAGGAUGGUAUUUCAGUUACAGAUAUGAACAUGCUGGAAGAAGGGGAAAUCAUUGUGGACGACAAACACGGUCGUCGGAGAUACUGA